AUGGUGGAAUGGUGGAACACUUUGGAUAUUUCUAUGGACUUUGUUGUUUAUUUCAAGGCAUAUGAUCAAAUUGGAGUGAUGAAUGGUUUUUUCAUGUGCUACUGCCUUGACAAAGUCACCUUCACUGAAUAUGUCCCUUGGGUAUGCGACGAAUGCAAGGAGAAUGAAAUCACUAGAACGAUGAAUUAUGAUGUUGUCCCACAUGUAACUGGUUUAGUAGAGCAUAGUCAUGUUGCACAACAUGUUGAUGAUCCUAUUUGGGGGAUACCAACAAAAAUACUACUUAUGGGGCAUUUUCAAACUCCUACUAGUAGCCGUCUUUUGGUACCAAACAGGAAUCAAAUUCCUCACAAUGUUUUGGCUGCCAGAGAUGCUUUGAACGAUAGGGCCCCUUUGAGAGAAAUAUUUCCCCAAAGGAAGUUGUGUUUUCCAAGGCAGAAAUGGAGUAGUGUAUCAAAAAGGUACAUAAUUGCAGCACAAUGUGAAAUGGAUGGUUUAUGGAGGACGCAACUCAAUGCAUUCUAUCAAUUUUCUCGCCCACACACUAUAUUUGGAACUAUCAUAGGGAUUACUUCAGUCUCUAUUCUACCAAUUAAAUCCUUGGCAGAUAUUUCUCCCACAUUUUUUCUGGGACUAUUUAAGGCAUUAAUUCCAUCACUGUUAAUGAACGUUUAUGUGGUUGGGUUAAAUCAACUGUUUGAUGUCGAAAUAGACAAGGUGAACAAACCAAGUCUGCCACUGGCUUCUGGAGAAAUUUCAAUGAAACGAGGCAUCACAAUAGUAAUCACCUCCCUACUCAUGAGUUUUUGUAUGGGAAUUAAGUUUCAAUCUCCACCAUUGUUAGCUGCUCUCAUUGUUAGCUUUCUUCUUGGAAGUGCAUAUUCUAUAGAGUUACCUUUUCUUAGAUGGAAAAGAAAUGCAUCCCUGGCUGCAAUAUGCAUCAUGGUUGUGAGGGCUAUCAUUGUUCAGUUUGCUUUUUUUGCACAUAUACAGAAAUAUGUGCUGGUGAGGCCUAUUCUCUAUACAAGAUCUCUGUUUUUUGCUGUCACAUUUAUGUGCAUCUUCACUGCUGUCAUUGCCCUGUUUAAGGAUAUUCCUGAUGUCAACGGUGAUAGAAAUUUUGGCAUCCAAUCUUUCAGUGUCAGCCUUGGACAAGAACGAGUGUUUUGGUUAUGUAUAAGCAUGCUUGUAGCUGCAUAUGCAGCUGCUAUGGUGAUUGGAGCUACUACUACUACUACUCUUUCCAACAAAGUUGUUACUGUUUUGGGGCAUUUCUUACUUGCUUGUUUUUUAUUAUUUAAAGCUCAAUCGGUCGAUAUAUCAAGUCAAGUAUCAAUAACUUCUUUUUAUAUGUUUAUAUGGAAGCUUUUCUAUGCGGAAUACCUUCUGAUUCCCUUUGUUCGUUAAGGUGGCAGAUAAAAAAUGCAUGGGUAAUUAAAAGUUCUUUCAAUUGCUAGGGAA